UCUGGGGGUCGCUGGGGAUUAGGUGUGGAUGGAGGGACUGUGAAAACCCGACAUUCCUCGAAAUGAACCGCAGGAAAAGCAUGAAGCACUUUGAAGCGGGGGGGUUUUCCUUGGAUUUCAAAGGAUUUUCCUCCUCCCCUGCAGGGGAUUUUGGGAGGAAUCUGCAUUUCCCGGCGCUCCCUGUGCCAUGGAGCCGUGGGUGCUGCUGGAUCCGCGGCAGAAGGCCCUGUACCUCGACGUGAUGCACGAGAGCUACGAGACCCUCAUGUCCCUGGCAGCUCAGGGGCUGGUGAGUGAAAAAGAAGAGGAGAAAGGAGCGUCGGGGAACGGCGCCGGGCUCGGACCGCGCUCAUCCCACGGCCUGGAGCGGCAGAAGCUCCACGGCUCCAACAGGCGCAAAGCGAAGCGCCCAGACAAAGCCGUGUCCCCCGGCGCCCUGAAACCCACCGCGCUCCCCAAACUCGGCCGUGCCAAACCCCUGCGCGGCAAAGGACCGGCCCGGGAGCGGCCGUUCGGCUGCGCCGACUGCGGGAAGAGCUUCCCGUGGGCGUCGCACCUGGAGAGGCACCGGCGCGUCCACACGGGCGAGCGGCCCUUCGGCUGCCCCGAGUGCGGGGAGACCUACAGCCAGAGCUCGCACCUGCUGCAGCACCGCCGCACGCACGCCGGCGACCGCCCGCACAAGUGCGGCGACUGCGGGAAGCGCUUCGCCGGCGCGGCCGAGCUGGCGGCCCACGGCCGCGGCCACGCCGCCGACAAACCUCACAAGUGCGGCGACUGCGGGAAGGGCUUCGCGUGGGCGUCGCACCUGGAGCGGCACCGCCGCGUCCACACCGGCGAGAAGCCCUUCGGCUGCGCCGAGUGCGGCGAGGCGUUCAGCCAGGGCUCGCACCUCGCCAAGCACCGCCGCAGCCACGCGGGCGAGCGGCCGCACCGCUGCCCGGCCUGCGGGAAGACCUUCUGCCAGAGCUCCGACCUGGCGCGGCACCGCCGCACGCACCUGGGCAGGAAGGCGCUGCGCUGCGGCGACUGCGGGAGGUUGUUCCGGGCGGGGCCGGCGCUGGCGCGGCACCAGCGGUGCCACAGCCGCGAGCACUCGCACCGCUGCGCGGACUGCGGGAAGGGCUUCGUGUGGGCGUCGCACCUGGAGCGGCACCGGCGCGUCCACACGGGCGAGCGGCCCUUCCCCUGCGGCAGCUGCGGCGAGCGCUUCACGCAGAAGGCUCACCUGCUGCAGCACCGCAAGACCCACUCGCCGGAGAGGCCCUACAAGUGCGGCGACUGCGGGAAGCGCUUCGGGGAAGCCCCGCUGUUCCUGGUGCACCGGCGCGGCCACGCCGCGCCCAAGGGCUACACCUGCGGCGACUGCGGCAAGGGCUUCGCGUGGGCGUCGCACCUGGAGCGGCACCGCCGCGUCCACACCGGCGAGAAGCCUUUCGGGUGCGCCGAGUGCGGCGAGGCGUUCAGCCAGGGCUCGCACCUCGCCAAGCACCGCCGCAGCCACCUCCCCAAGGCUGCGGGCGCCUCGCCCCUUGCCAGGACGCGGCUCGCCGGCGACCAGCCCGGAGCUCACAGCGGUGAGGGCCCCUAAAGGACCGCGAUGGACGCCGAGAGACAGCCGGGGGGGGGGGAAAGCUUGCCUCGGGGACACGCCAAAGGACACCAAGUGACACUUGAAGGGGCACUGGGGUGGGUGACAGGGGUGCUCUGUCGUGGGAUUUAUCUGCCCCGCAAGCUGCUGCAGUCCAGAUCCUGGAAAAGGGACAACCUUGGGGGAGAAGGAGCCGAUUCCCAAAGGAAACAGCGCCUGGCUCCGUCAGGGAAGGGUGGGGGGAAGCCAGGGCUGGCUCUGAUGCGGAAAUCCAGCGGUGCUGCUCCCACUCCGUGCUGCCAGCGGGCGGGAGAAGGGGAUGGAGGGGGCAGGAAUAAACUGGGAUCCCCGCACCUCA